CAUUCAUCCUCUUCAUACAACGCUCAUUCAUCAUGGUUUGUGCAAAGUGCGAAAAGAAGCUGUCGAAAGUGAUUUGUCCUGACAAGUGGAAAGAUGGUGCAAGAAACACCACCGUCGGCACCUCCUCCACAGCAGGACGUAAGCUCGGUGAAAACAAACUUCUGAGCAAAAAAAGAGUGACCGCAAAGUUUAACCCAUAUGCGAAUUCAAAGUGUAAGACAUGUAAAUCAAACGUGCACCAGGAUGGAGCUAUGUAUUGUCAAGGUUGCGCAUAUAAGCAGGGGCAAUGUGCGCUUUGUGGAGUAGCCAUCCUCGACACAUCCAAGUACAAAAUGUCGGCCAAGUAGUGCAGGAAUAUCAAAAUCCAAUUUUGGACACCUCAAGGCGACAACAUAUUCAGUUGGCAUGGAUUACAUAUCGCAGCGUGCAGCAGCAACACCGAACGAAGCGCAAAAUACCAAAAAUAAAAACUGUACAGUAUUAUGAGAGGAUGAGACACAUCGUAGAAUGAUUUAGCUGUGGGCUGAAUGAACCACUGGCCGAUCCUACAAUGCAGAAGCCACUCCACUGCCCAUAA